UAAAUUACUGAUAUCAGAACUUAGUUUGAAACCUCCUCAAAUUUCUAACCGUUUGGUAUGACUUUUCUUUCUUUUCUUAUGGGUUAAGUCUGUAUUAAUAACUUAAUGGACAGUUAAUUUAAAUCAUGGGCUAAUAAUUCGUUACCAACUCAGCUCUCUUCUUUUGUGCAGUUCAUAAUAGAAUCAGUAACAAAGUUGAGGAUACACCUUGAUCCAACCCAACCCAACCAACGGUAGCGAGAGUGAGUUUAAAACAUAUGUUGAGAAGUCCAACUAACGUUAAUUUCAACAAAACAAGCAAUCCGUAGAAUAGAUUGCGUGUACACAUACAGCUCCAGUUACCUCGGAAGUGUUGUAUGAUUUGUCAAACACACCCUUUCGCUCCACAACACAUCCUUUUCAUCCGAGCCACGCCCAAGUUCAAAAUUUUCACCUCCCCCAUCAACAAAAGGCCAUCGAAACCAAACUGUCUCUUAGUAACUGCAAGUAACAAAGUUCCAUACCUUAUUUUUUAAUUUAAGAAUGUACUAAAAAGUGAUAAUGAAAUUAAAAAAAGUGGAAAGUUGAAGAAGGAAAAAGACUUGGUUGACAGAGAUAAAAGCAGAGAGUGUGGUGCUUGUGUUUGAUCCACGUUAUGGUGAAUCCAGCACAGGAAUUAAAUGGGGUGUGGAAGUAGAGUGGCUCCUGAAAGCAUAAUAGAGAGUAUUAAAUGCAGCAGCUAAUACCCCCACCCACCUCCUUUGGCCCUCACAACAAACACAUAAUACAUUUACACUAUUCCCUCCCCUCUCCUUUCACAAAUGGAGAAUUUCCCAACUCAUCCUUCUUCUUCUUCUUCUUCUUUUAUUUCUUUUUCUUUUUCAUCUUCUUCUCUUCAAUGUCCUCCUUCAACUCCUUCUCCCCUCCACCCCCCACCCCUUACUUCACCAACCUCGGCUUCGGCUACUCCAUCGCCAUCGCCCUCGGAGUCCUCUUCCUCAUCUCCACUCUCAUCCUCUCCUCCUACCUCUGCUGCCGCACCCUCCGCCACCGCAACAACAACCAACGCCGUCGCCGCCACAACCCCCACGCCCCUGAUGGCAUCGUCCUCCCGCGCGUUAUCUUCGUCGCCGAGGACGACGACGACGGCGCCCGUCAGAACGACGCCGUCUCCGGCCUCGAACAGUCCGUCAUAAACUCCUACCCCAAGUUCUCCUUCGCGAAAGACGGCGGCUACGACACCACGUGCUCCAUCUGUCUCUGCGAGUACAAGGAUUCGGAGAUGCUUAGAAUGAUGCCCGAGUGUCGACACUACUUUCACCUCUGCUGUCUCGACCCCUGGCUCAAGCUCAACGGCUCCUGCCCCGUGUGCCGGAACUCCCCCAUGCCCACGCCGCUGUCCACGCCGCUUCAGGAGGUCGUGCCGCUAUCGCAGUACGCCGCCGAUGCUAGGGGGAGGAGGUGAAUUUUCUUACGGGGUUUUGGUUUCACUGGGAAAGUUAGAUGAAAAACAUCCAGUAAUGUUUUCUUUUCAAAAUUGCAGUUUUAUCUUGAAUGUAAUAAAAAAAAAGUUUCGUUUUUUAGGCCUCGACGAGAUAAAACUACAAUUUUGAUCAGACUGGGUCACUGAAAUCGUUUCAGAAAAAUUGUAUCAAAACUUUAUGCAAAAUGUAAAUCUUCCCUGUAAAAGGGAGAUGGGUUUUUUAUUUCAAAAAAAAAAAUUGAGAUGAAAAUGAAGAGGUGGGGGGUGGGAACAUGUGUAGAAUUAUUGGUAAAGGACGGACUUUGUACCAAAUGUUACUUUUUUAGGGAAAAUUAUCCGCGAUCGCGUUUUGUUAGUACCA